AUGAUUCCUUCACUUACGUUACUACUUGUGUCUGGCCUUGUCCAGUUUGUUGCGGCCAAAGAUGUCUACCUCGCGUGGAACAUUACUUGGGUAAAUGCUGCCCCGGAUGGCUAUGAAAGACCAGUCAUUGGUAUCAACAACGAAUGGCCUUGUCCACAAGUGGAUGUCGACGUUGGUGAUCGACUGAUUGUGGAUGUGACAAAUUCCUUGGGAAACCAGUCUACUGCUAUUCACUGGCAUGGCUUGCACCAAUAUGCUAGCGGUACUAUGGAUGGCGAUUCGUUCGUUACUCAGUGUCCUGUUCCUCCUGGCUCAACUAUCCGCUACGAUUUCACUCUCGACCAAUCCGGUACAUAUUGGUAUCAUUCACACAACAUGGGACAGUAUCCCGACGGCUUGCGUGGCCCACUGGUUGUCCAUGACCCAAGCCCACCUUUCCAGUGGGACGAUGAGUUCACAGUCACCUUGACAGAAUGGUAUCACCAGGAGAUGCCUGAUCUACUCAAUCAAUACCAAUCAACAGAUAAUGCGCAGGAUAAUGCAGGAAAUGAGCCCAUACCUGAAGUUGCAUUGAUCAAUGACUCCACUCAAUCACAAUUCAAAGUUCUACCAGGCAAAACAUACUUGGUUCGCUUCAUUUGUGUCGGAAAUUGGCCUGGACAUGCAUUCUUGUUUGACGAUCAUGAAAUGACCGUUGUCGAAAUCGAUGGAACUUGGGUUGAGCCCUACCCUGUUGGCGAGAAGAACAUUCGAGUUGCGCCCGGUCAACGUAUGAGUGUUCUCAUCAAAACUAAAGAUGAUGCAAGCAAAAACUACGCUUUCUGGGACACCAUCGAUACCAAUAUGAUGUUCGUUUACGAAAACAGGUCUGCACCGGAAGGUUAUAACGCUAAUGCGACUGCAUGGCUCGUUUACGAUGAAUCGCUGCCCCUGCCACCACCUCCUGUUAUCAAUGAAUUUGACUUUAUUGAUGAUGUAACGUUUGUUCCCUACGAUCGUACACCACGUCUUGAACCAGUCGACCAUCAAAUCAUCCUCAAUACCGGUCAUACCACCAUCAAUGGAGUCAGCCGGUUCACCGUCAAUGGCCAGACAUACAUUCCUCAGCAAGUGCCUACUCUCUACACAGCAUUGACUGUUGGGCCGGAUUAUUACAACGAUCCGGUUGUGUAUGGUGAUGUGAACCCGCUGAUUCUCAACCACAACGAUGUUGUCGAGAUUGUGAUAAAUAACUUCCACAACAACCUUCACCCAUGGCAUUUACACGGCCAUCAAUUCCAGGUCAUACAACGUAGUGCUGUAGAUGGCGGUUAUUUUAACGGUUAUUUCGCAAAUAUCUCUGCCACUCCAGUCAUCCGUGACACCAUCAUGGUACAGAACAAUGGCCAUGCAGUCAUCCGAUUCCGCGCUGACAAUCCCGGUGUCUGGCUAUUGCACUGCCAUGUUGAGUGGCACGUCGAAGCCGGAUUUGUUGCUACCGUUAUCGAAGCACCAGAUCAAUUGCAAGAUUUGCACAGGCCCGCUGACCAUCUGCGUAUUUGUGAAGCCUAUGGAGCGCCUACCAGCGGAAACGCGGCAGGAAAGCAGGGCACAGAUCUGCAAGGAGCAAAUGACUACAUCUAUGCAGGUGAUUCAGGGGCUACUUACCCGCCACUUACGUUCCCGUAA